AUGGCUUUAUCCAGCUUCCUCAUCCUGACCUCCCUGUGCAUUGUGGGCCGAGAGGCCCUCACCUUGUCUGACUGUGGAGCAUACGCGAGAAGACCAGAAUACACUGAUCUCACAGUGGUCUGUGGGACCUCCGCUAUUAACCUGGCCAUCCAAAUCUGUCCGGUUGUCUACACGGGAUACAACGAGAGUUUGCUAAUCCUUAACCACAUCCGGGGUAAUGUGGACUGUCAGGGCACACUAGACACCUCUGUGGCCCCUCCGCUGCUUCGAUUUAGCUUCCCCAUCAGAGAAGGGGACGCCUGUGGGAGUAACUUCAUGACCACGAGUGCCCCGGGUACAGGGAUAUUCUCCGACUUCUCUAACAUCCAGACUGUCAACGUGAGUGGCGUGGUCGGAUCUUUUGACCCCACCAUUGGCACGGUCACUUACAACGCCGAGCUGAAGUACUACUACUCCUGCGCCUACCCGCUCGAGUAUCUGAUCAACAACACCCAGGUGGAUGUAUCAGGAUCCUCCAUUGCUUUGAAGGACAAGAAUGGUACCUUCAUUAGUACUCUCAGCAUGACCUUGUAUGAGGACGUAAAUUACACCACGCCCCUGGUUAUACCACCUCUGGGCGUCGAGCUGAGAACUAAUAUCUAUGUACAGGUGGUUGCCUCCAAUCUCACCUCCCAGUUCUUUGUCCUUCUGGACAGGUGCUAUGCCGCCAUCUCCCUGCAGCCCUCCAACUCUUCGUUCUUUAAUCUCUUCGUCCCGUGUUCCUUAGAUCAUAUGACCACCAUGCUGGAGAACGGGGACAGCCAGAAGGCCCGCUUCUACUUCCCGGCGUUUCGCUUUGUUGAGCAGCGCAACGAGACCAUCUCCACCUAUUACCUGCACUGCAUCACCCGACUGUGUGAGAGCAGCACGUGCAGCAGCUUCAAGCAAUGUGUUGGGAGGAAGAGAAGGAGCCUGGAGACCACCGUCUUCCAGGAUGGCGUCACCAGGCCUUCUCUGCUCACCAGGCCCAUUCGGAUCAAGGCUGAGAGCACGCUUGAAUCCAAAGAAGAGGCGCAGCACGGUGGCAAGUAUAAUGGACGGGGUGCGUCUGUUGGCCUUGGAAUUGCUGUGGCUGUCCUAACUGUGAUAGGGGUGGCAGCCAUCCUGGUGGCAGCAUCCUUUCAUCGGAAAUUGAAGCUGCUAAGCUAA